UGGUAGGCCAUGCUUUCAGGAAUACAGCUCUCAGUGAAAGUACCGACUGAGUUUUUAUCAUUAACAAUUUGUUUUCUCAAAAUUAAAACUACUAGGGAGCACAAACGCCCUGAGAGAAAUGCCACCAUUUAUACGCGACGACAAGCCAUUGGCCUGGGACAAGGAGGACCAGGACCAAAACCAGGACCAAAACCAGGACCAGGACCAAAACCAGGACCAAAACCAGGACCAAAACCAGGACCAGAACCAGAACCAGGACCACGACCACGACCAGGACCUCCACCAGAACGAAGAACCAAUCGUAGAGAACGAUGAGUUGAGUGAUAGUGAACUGUAUAGGGCCCUGUUUCAAGUCAGAACCACUGUGGAGCAAAAUCGUGCAGAUGCGGAGCGUGCCGGACUAAAUAUGGAGAACUUCCAUCAACGCCUUGAAGGUUAUUUGGACCUCCUUAUCGAGUUUACAAAUGCCGUCAACAGGAAGCUCGCCCUCAACCGGCAGGGACACAACGCUGAGACUGCCAUGGAUCACAGUGCCGUUAGCCAGGAGAUCCAUCGCCUGUUCCGUGAGAUCAGCGAAUAUUUUGACAACUACAUGAGAGAAUAAAUAAAAUCGAUGAUAAUAAAUAAAUCGACAACUACAUGAGAGAAUAAAUAAAA